CAGUUUUAUUUAUAGACAGCAUAUUGACCCAGUUACAAACAGUUUGCUGUGGCUCCCUGAUCGUGCGAUGUGGAGACAUCAAUAUCACACUUACAGCCACCACAAUAUUGAAACCCUAGGGAGUGAAAUCUAAAAACUGCGAAACGCUGCCAAUGAUAUAUGAAGUUUUCACAACCAUCUGACUUUUUUUUAGCGGGGAACAGCUGUAGCUAAGUGCGAGAACUUGUAUGAACACUGGCAUGUGCAGGUUUCCGAUCUAACGAAGAAGUAUAAGAUUAACCAUGACAGAACCAACAACUAACGGUACCGACUUUCCGGACAGUAACCAUGCAAUGAUGACAGACAAAAGUGAUGUGAAAAGAAGAAAAUCUUCUGUCAAGGUUACGGUAGAAAACCAGGAAGAGCCGAAACUCAAAAGAUCAAUUGGUUUGUUCUCAGCUACGACAAUGUUGAUAGCCAACACAGGAGGAAAUGGCAUAUUCAUAGCGUCCACUGCUAUCCUGUAUUAUGCAGGGUCUCCAGGCUUUGCCUUGGUUCUGUGGGUUGUGUCAGGAUUGGUAAACUUUGGCCUGUCAGGCUGUUUUACGGAGGUCGGGCUUUUACUGCCAAAGGCUGGCGGGCCGUACUUCUACGUCAUGCAAGUGUUUGGUUCUCUGCCGGGGUUUGUGGUCUUGUGGGGAUUUCUGUGGAUGAUAAUGGCACCGGCAUGGGCACUUGGGGGAUACACAGCGUCCCUUUAUAUCAUCAAACUAGCUUUCCCUGGCUGUACACCUCCAGAUGUGGGAGUGAAGCUGCUUGCUGCUGCAUUAUUAGUGAUUCUGAUGUUCCUGAACUGCCUCUACAUGAAGGUCGUCACCAAGUUCCAGUCCGUCCUGAGUUCAUUAAAGGUGAUAGCCAUGCUCAUCAUCAUCAUCGGGGGGAUGUACAAGCUGAGCGACAAGAGAUACAGGGAACAACUGCCUCUGUUCUGGGAAGGAACUACCACAGAUCCGGGAAACAUUGCUCUCGGCCUCGUGUCUGGCUACUUCUCAUAUGGAGGUUGGCAGGUGAUCACCAUCUUGAUGGAAGAGGUGAAGGACCCAAUCAGAAAUGUGCCAAGAUCCCUGAGUCUGACUUUUGUAACUGUGAUCAUCCUGUACACUGUCACAAACUUCUCUUACUGUGUGGUGCUGUCCAUGCCAGAGAUGCUCGAGUCUAAUGCUGUUGCUGUUACAUUUGGGUAUCACCUGCACCCAACUCUAUCCGUGGUCAUCUCGGUGCUGGUGGCUCUUUCCUGUGUCAGCACCCUCAAUGUCCUCAUCCUCGGACAACCCAGGAUGGUGUUUGCAGCUGGGUGUAAUGGCCAUAUGCCAGGCCUGAUGGGUAUGAUCAACAGGAAGUACCUCACACCGUGGCCAGCGACGUUCUUUGUUAGUAUUCCAGCACUGGCCAUUUUAUUCUCUGGGUCUGUUGUUAGGCUGAUUGAUGCAAUGAGCCUCUAUACGUGUAUGAUGGUGUCCUCUGUCCUGAUAGUUCUACUGUACCUGCGCUGGAAGAAACCAAUGGCCAAAAGGCCAAUCAAGAUGCCGAUCAUCUUGCCGAUACUGGAGCUGAUGUUGUCUACAGUGCUGAUCUGCCUGUCUGUCUACCAGAAGCCGCUGGAACUCGGCUUGUGUCUCGCGAUCGUUGCAGCAGGGAUACCGGUCUACUUCAUUUGUGUCGAGUGGAAAUCCAAGCCUAAAGUUUUUCUCAGAUUUAUGGAACGUUCAACAUUAUUCUUGAAGACUUUAUUGUAUGUGGAGUCUCCAGCACAAUGAUGUCAGCUGUUCCUAGCUCUUCACCAAGUGUCACCAAGUGUCGCCAAAGGUCACCAAGUGUCACCAAGUGUCGCCAAGUGCCACCUCAGCUCGUCGCCAACUUGUUAUCUAGAGAAAGGGGCUCGUUCUGCCCAUCCGUCAUGUUUCGUUUCUGGAGCAUAACUCAGAAACCAUUCAAUAUUUUUUCAUGAAACUUUGCAGGUCUGUCAAGUACAUGCUUAAC